AUUCAAGAGGAUCCCGAAUUCACAGACGUCAUUGACAAUAUAACAGUGCCGGCGGGACGUAAUGUCAAAUUGGCCUGUUCUGUUAAAAAUCUGGGCUCGUAUAAGGUGGCGUGGAUGCACUUUGAGCAGUCGGCCAUUUUGACGGUGCAUAAUCAUGUGAUAACGCGAAAUCCAAGGAUUAGCGUGACGCACGAUAAACACGAUAAGCAUCGCACCUGGUUCCUGCACAUUAACAAUGUUCAGGAGGAGGACAUGGGACGCUAUAUGUGCCAAAUCAACACGGUGACGGCUAAAACCCAAUAUGGCUUUGUCAAAGUUGUCGUCCCACCCAAUAUUGACGAUGCGCUGACCUCCAGCGAUGUCAUUGUGCGCGAGGGCGACAAUGUCACACUGCGCUGCAAGGCGAAAGGCAGCCCAGAGCCAUCCAUCAAAUGGAAACGGGAUGACAACCAUAAAAUUGUCAUCAACAAGACGCUCGAAGUGAAUGACCUGGAGACAGACUCUUUGGAAUUGGAGCGCAUCUCGCGCCUGCACAUGGGUGCUUAUCUCUGCAUUGCCUCAAACGGUGUGCCGCCCAGCGUCUCCAAGCGCAUCAAAGUCAGCGUGGACUUUUCGCCAAUGGUCUGGAUACCGCACCAGCUGGUCGGCAUUCCCAUGGGAUUUAAUGUUACGCUGGAGUGCUUUAUCGAAGCCAAUCCCACCUCGCUCAAUUACUGGACGCGAGAGAACGAACAAAUGAUCACUGAGUCACCCAAAUACAAAACCGAAACAAUUCCGGGUCAUCCAUCGUACAAGGCGACAAUGCGGCUGACGAUUACCAAUGUGGAGAGCAGCGAUUAUGGCAACUACAAAUGUGUCGCCAAAAAUCCUCGUGGCGACAUGGAUGGCAACAUAAAACUCUAUAUGUCAAGUCCGCCAACCACCCAACCGCCGCCCACAACAACAACUUUGCCCACAACGACAACAACAAUGAACUUACCCUUUGAUGGCAAUGUGGCAUUUGAUGGCCUGGGCGGAGACGUGCCCACAAAUUCGGUGAUUGUAAUUGACAAAUUGGGCAUUAAAUACCAAUCGAAUUUGAACGAGAUCGGCAAAUCCGAACAGAAGCUAAUGGGUGGCAAUCAGGAGGGCUACGACUGGUCCAAGGGCAAGGCCAGCGGAGGUCAAGGACCACGUGCUAUCUGCUGGCUGCUAGCGCUUCUUUCGCUCCUGGCCAUGCAUUCGCGUCAAUAAAAAGUUAAGAGCAAAACAGUAUCAUUAAAGUGCCAUUACAACGAUGAGAAC